GGAAACAAAACCUACUGCGCAUGCGUCACUUUGAAUCGGUGGCUACCACCGCCCUUGCGUGCAAUUAGUGUUUAAUUCGUAAAACAAUUAAAAAAAAAAAAAAAAAAAAUCAAAGAUGGUUGAAGGUCCGGGAUGUACAUUAAACGGCGAGAAGAUCCGUUCGAAGGUCCAGAAAGGACAAAGAGUGAAAGAGAUGCGAGGCAGCAUGCUCACGACGGAAGGAAACGACCAGGAGAGAAACAACGUUAUCCAAAGGCUGAAAGGGUGUCAGUACACCGGCGUAGACACGCUGGGGAAGGAGCUUUUUUUGUAUUUUGGACCUAAAGCGUUGAGAGUCCACUUUGGCAUGAACGGCUCUAUGCGAAUCAACAGCGCAGAGAGGAAACAUGGCGGUGGGGGCUCCUCCGUCCCAGUGCUUGAAAUCCACCUGACCACGGACACCGUGUGCUUCUUCGGCAGCACGGUGGAAAUGAGGUUGAGUGACGACUGCGAGCAGCGUGUGCGUGCUCUUCAGGCCCUGGACGUGUGCUCGCCGGCGUUCAAGCCCUCACGCUCGGCCGAGGCGGCGAGGCGCCACGGCGGCAGGAUGCUCUGCGACGUCCUCCUCGAUCAGGCCGUCAUGCCGGGAGUGGGCAACAUCAUUAAAAAUGAAGCUCUGUUCGACGCGGGCCUACACCCAGCCGUGAAGGUGGAGCAGCUGUCGGACGAGCAGCUUCAUCACUUGGUGAAGAUGACGCGCGAUUUCACGCUUCUCUUUUACAAGUGUCGCAAGUCUGGCUCUGCGCUCUACACACACUACAAAGUCUACAAGCGUCCCCGGUGCGGCCGGUGUUCAGCCGCUAUCACCGUAUGUCGUCUCGGCGACAACGGCAGGAUGACGUACUUCUGCGAACGCUGUCAGAAGCGUGACGCUGGCAACGUCCAUGUCAGUCAACUUCCUGUCAGGAACACCCUGAUUAGCUGGGCAAGCAGCGGGGGAGCCGCUAAGGAGAACGUGGCGAAGAGGGAGGAAGCGGACUGGCCUUGUCACCUGUGCACCCUCCUCAACCGGCCCGCUGCCAAAAGCUGCAAUGCCUGCCUCACUCCCAGAGCUCCGGUCCACAAGGAAGACGCCUCUCUGCCCUCCUCCACCGAUCUGGUGCGAUACCCCUGCACCGCCUUCACGAAACCCCGAGAGGAGCGCAAACUCAACUGGCGCUCCGCUUUCGGAACGUCUACCCUGCUUUUCUCCGACUUGAACGUGGCGCCCGAGCCGUCUCGCGGGGGAACGCCGGCCUCGUCCAGUCAGCCACGCAAGAAAAUGAGAAUUGAUGGCGGUCCCUCUAACAAGUUGGGUGCGCACACAACAGCUGGUGAGAAGCCCGGCUCCUCCGGCCCCUCCGCCUCACCCUUGUGUGCGUGGCACUGUCGCCCGGCCGUCCUGCGAGUGGUUCAAAAGGACGGCGACAAUAAAGGACGACGGUUUUACGCCUGCUCGCUGCCCCGGGAGGCAAAGUGCGACUUCUUUGAGUGGGCCGACUUGCACUUUCCCUCCUGUCACCACGGCAAACGAUGCGUGAUGAGGACCGUGCUCAAGCUGGGACCCAACAACGGCCGCGACUUCUACACCUGCGGCUCCCGAAAGGGUAAACAGUGCGAUUAUUUCCAGUGGGUGCAGGGCGGACCUGGCGUUUCUAUCCUGCCGGGAUGCUAGCGACCAUUUAGGACUAAAAUCAUGUUUAAAAAAACACAUUGGCGUGCUUGCCAAUCACGAGUGUGUAUUUACAUAAUUAAUAUUAUUAGUUGUUUUUAUGUAUUUAUUAAAGACUCCAAACAAA